AUGCCACUUACACUAUGGAGAGACAUCACGCCACUUGGCCAGCCACUCCAGCAACCAUCUAGCAGGUCUCCUCAUGUCUUGAUCGUGGGAGGCGGCGUCACCGGUCUCAUAUCGGCUUGGGUCCUCUUGGAUCGCGGUUACCACGUCACCGUAGUCAGCAGUGCGUGGGUCAGCGACGAGGUUCGCUUGACGUCCCAGAUUGCUGGUGCACUCUGGGAGUUCCCACCAGCGGUAUGCGGGCAGCACACGGACGCCAUCUCCCUUGCUCAUUCGAAAAGAUGGUGCAUGACGGCUUACCACAUAUGGGACGGCAUCGCCGCACUGCCAUCGCUGAGCAAGGAGUCGGGUGUGCGCAUGAUGCCAUCAGACUUCUUCUUCCUCGAUGAUGUGGACAGUGACAAAGCCCAACACUCCAAGAUGACAGAGAUCAUGGCCAGCGGUGUCAGGGGCUUCUAUCGUGGUGCUGACAUCAUCGACGAGAGGGGCAUCGACCCGUCCUAUGGUGCUGUCGAUGCCUAUGAGCUGAUGGCACCUGUCAUCGACACCGACAAGGCCAUGCACUGGCUGACAGAACUUGUCGAGAGCAAGGGCGCCAACUUGGUCACGGAGACGAUUCACGACGACCUCGUUGAUAUCGAAGACUCGUUGAGAGCGCGCUUCGGUGCCGAUGUCAUCAUCAACUGCACCGGACUGCAAGGCCAUGUUCUCGCGGGUGAUGAGAGCGUCUACCCCAUCAGGGGCGGUCUCAUUCGAGUCAUCAACGACGGAAAGGACUUUCCGAAAGUGGAAGCGGCUCUGACUAUCACCGCCGAUGCAGCUCACUCAUCGAACGAGAUUGUCUUUCUCGUACCCAGAAACGACAACAUACUCCUGAUAGGCGGCAUAACCGAGCCGCAUGAGUGGGACUUGGAUCUCACGUUGGAGAGCCCGAUCAUCCGCAGGAUGCGAGAACGAUGCGACAAGUUCCUGCCAGGCUUGAAAGACGCUCGAUUUGACCCCGAGUACCCCUUGGCCCAAGGCCUCCGCCCAUUCCGAGGCAACAACGUGAGAGUGGAGCGCGAGCUGCGAAGAACUGGUAGCCGAAUCAUCCACUCAUACGGCCACGGUGGUGCUGGCUGGAGUCUGUCCUUCGGCUGUGCGCAAGACGUUGCGAUGAUGGUGGAGGAGACUCUUGCGGGGGAACCGGCAAGACCGAUGAAGGACACGGUGACCCAAUGGAAAGGGGCGGACAUGAAAAGAUGGGCGUGA